AUGCGAGUCGAACUAAAGCGGCAAAGGAAGAAGAUCAGAUUCAGCAACAAUGCCAAGGAGAAAGCCGAGUUCCGGGUUCAGGAGGGGGCAAAGAGAGCCAAGCUCAAGAUCGAGCGAAGCAGGCUGGAACUCAAGCGGCUACAGGCGAGGAUCGCCGCCAGCAGCAAUGCCAUGAUGAGCAGGAGAAAGCCGAGCUCCAGGCUUUUGCAAGGCGAAGGGACGAUACUUUACAAAGCCUUAGACAACUCAAUGCUCGGCAUGAAGAUGGCUCUCUGCAUUUUCCCAGAAAUAAACGACUGUUCGUUUCCCGAAAAGUUCAAGAAUUCUUGGUGGCCCGGAAACGAGCUUGUGAUACGGUAG